CUGCGUAAAAUUAUUAGUAUUUAGAGUGAAUUUUUUUUAGAAUGUCUUCGUCGUUUGUAGUUAGAUACAACAAAAUUCACAAUACGGGUGAAUGGCUUACAAGGUUGACCCUGGUGUCAAAAGCGUCCAUGGAACUAACCCACAGAAUCUAAUUGAGCGCAUUGUGAGAGACCGAAUAUUUGCCAGUAAGUAUUGGAAGGAGCAAUGCUUUGGACUGAAUGUUGCUGAUCUUGUUGGCCGCGCUAUGCAACUUAAGUACGCAGGUGGAACAUUUGGUACUCAUCGAUACGUCUCUCCUUUUAUCUGUCUUUUACUCAAACUCCUUAUGAUUCAGCCCCCGGACGACAUCAUACAAGCCUUCAUACAAGAAGAACAUUUUCGUUACGUUCGAAUGCUUGGUGCAUUUUAUCUUCGUCUUACAGGUACAAGUGUCGAAAUUUACAGAUGUCUAGAGCGGCUCUAUCCUGAUAAUCGCAAAUUUAAGUUGCGCCACCUCGAUGGCAGCUUUUCAAUAGAAUAUAUUGAUAAUUUUAUCGAUCAGCUUUUGCACGAAGAAAGGGUUUUCGACACGACGUUGCCGAGGCUUAUGCUUAGACAUGCAUUGGUUGAGAGAAAUUUGCUUCCAAAACAACGUCCAAGCCUCCUGGAUGCGGAAUUGCAGGACUACGGUCAAGACGAUCUUGAAGAAAAAAGCUUUGAUAAAGACGCAUCAGAGGAUUUCGGUCAUUUUUCACCUAAAAAGAGCCUCGGUAGGAGAAAAUUGGACGACCAAUCACCGAGUUCCAGUCCACCCAGGAGGAGAUUAGGCGAUCGGUCGCCGAGUUCCAGUCCACCCAGGAGGAGAUUAGGCGAUCGGUCGCCGAGUUUCAGUCCACCCAGGAGGAGAUUAGGCGAUCGGUCGCCGAGUUCCAGUCCACCCAGGAGGAGAUUAGGCGAUCGGUCGCCGAGUUCCAGUCCACCCAGGAGGAGAUUGGACGAUCGGUCGCCGAGUUCCAGUCCACCCAGGAGGAGAUUGGGUGAUCGGUCGCCGAGUUCCAGUCCACCCAGGAGGAGAUUGGGUGAUCGGUCGCCGAGUUCCAGUCCACCCAGGAGGAGAUUAGACGAUCGGUCGCCGAGUUCCAGUCCACCCAGGAGGAGAUUAGGUGAUCGGUCGCCGAGUUCCAGUCCACCUAGAAGGAGAUUAGACGAUCGGUCGCCAAGUUCCAGUCCGCCCAGAAGGAGAUUGGGCGACCGAUCCGUUAAUCCUAAUUUCCCUCACAAUAAAAGAGCCAAAGCAUCCUAUUCAAAUUCAAGCUCUAAGGCUCAACAAGAUCACUCUUUCAGAAGUAGGCAUUAUUUACCCCCAGAAAGCAUAGAUAACCGCCACAAACGAACCAAGAGGCAAGACCACCAUGACCGCUUUUCUUACACUUCACCAGACAGGUCUGGUUCAGAUGAAUACAAAGAAUUAAAGGCUUUAAGAGCUAGUGGAAAACUCGAUAUUGAUUCAGAAGAAGAGACAAACAAAAAUAAAAGUAAAAAUAUUAAAGACGAACAAUCUCUAGAGGAUCAAUCCACAUCCGAGUCUGGCGGUCCCAGAACUCUAACCCUUGAAGAAACAAAUGAAUUGAGAACUCGUAUAGGUUUAAAACCAUUGGAAAAACUAUAGUUCAGCUCACCAUCUAGGUAGGGUAGUAUUUUCAAGUUAUGUUCUAUAGUAACGAUCAUCACCAAAUGAACUGUAGCUAAAAACAAGUCGCCGAACUAGUGUUGAAACUGUCCUUACGUUGCAGAGAAAAUGUUUUAGAUCUGUUCUACAUUUAUCAUGUUGGCUCCUGAACACUUUCUGCGUGUAGCCACUUGAU